UCCACACAGGUACUGCGCAGUUCGCGACGCGCUUCCUUUCUCUGCAUUGGAUUUGCACUCGGACGGCAGAAAGGAAGACGUGGGUGUAGUGUCCGCGUGCCAUUUUUCUUACUUGCAGGCCUUACACUGGAAGCCAUCAUUUAACGUCACUAGCAAUGAAGCCUCUCAUUCCAUCAACAUGCAAGAUCAACUCUGUGGUCAACGCCGUCGGCAAGGGAAUGCGAUUAGAUGGCCGCGAGAUCUUGGAUCAUCGUGAAACGGUAGUGCAGUUUGGGCGAAGCUAUGGGAGCUGCCAGGUUCGCGUGGGCAAUACUAGGGUGCUGGCCUCCGUGACUGCCGAGCUGGGCGCGCCGCGGCCCGCCCGGCCCACCGAGGGCACGCUGCAGGUGGUGGUGCACGUGACGCCGACGGCGGCGGCGGGCGCCGAGCGCGCCACUGACCUCAGCGUCGGUCUCGAGCGCCUGCUCGAGCGCUGCCUGCGCGAGUCGCGCUGCGUCGACACGGAGUCACUCUGCAUCGUGGCCGACGAGAAGGUGUGGCAGCUGCGGCUGCGCGUGGAGCUGGUGGACCUGGGCGGUGACGCGGCGGCGGCCGCCUCGCUGGCCGCGCUCGCCGCGCUCUGCCACUUCCGCCGGCCGCACGUGGCCGUGUCGGGCCGCCAGGUGCGCGUCUGCCCGGCCGAAGAGGUGGAGCCGGUGCCGCUGGCCGUGCUGCACAUGCCCCUGCUCGUGACGUUCGCCUUCUUCAGCGACGGGCAGCACAUGGUGGCCGACCCGACCGAGGUGGAGGAGAGUGCCAUGGAGGGCGCCUUGACGGUCGGCAUGAACUCGUACCGCGAGAUCUGCACAUUACACCUCACCGGCAAACUGCUGCUCAGCAAACACCAGAUCCUGGAGUGCACCGAGCUGGCGGCGGCGCGCGUGCGCUCGCUCACG